AUGGACUCCGAAAAUUCCAAGGCAGUUGCCCCAAAGACAACUGCGUCUGGUUCCUUCGCGCAUGCUCGCCUUGCCGAAGCUCUUUCGGAGCUUGACCUGGAUUCGAGCGAGAUGACGGUCAGUAAGAUGGCUGCACUCGCCUCGCCUUGUUUCUACCACAAGAAGUUUGACAAGGCCGUCAACUUAGAGAAAGUGUUAGAUGAGAUGGCUGAAGACGACACUAUUUCACAUUCAAGGCUCAUGCAGACGGCAACCAGUGUUCGCGAGAUCGCGAAACAGCUUCAACGACGGCCUAUCAAAAUGGCUGUGCGGAACAUCAUGAUCGUCACCAAGGCCCGCGACAAUGAGCUCGUCCACCUUACCCGGCAACUCGCAGAGUGGCUGCUCUGCACUCCGCGCUAUGGCUCAGAUGUCGGCGUCAACGUCUACGUAGAUCACAAGCUGCGAAAGUCAAAACGCUUCGACAUGCCAUCACUACUUGCCAAGGAUGAGCGCUUCCACGACAUGCUCCGCUUCUGGACUCCCGAGCUAUGCUGGACUUCUCCUGAGAAGUUCGACCUUGUCUUGACCCUCGGGGGUGAUGGCACUGUACUCUUCACCAGCUGGCUGUUCCAGCGCAUCGUACCACCAAUCUUGUCCUUCUCGCUUGGAAGCUUAGGUUUCCUCACCAACUUUGAGUUUGCGCAGCACCAGAAUGCGCUCAACAAGAUUAUGGGCGACGCUGGAAUGCGUGUGAACCUUCGCAUGCGCUUCACAUGCACGGUGUACCGAUACCAAAAGCAUGCAGCACCCGGUGCGCCACAACAUAUUGAGGCCGAGCAAUUCGAGGUUCUCAACGAACUCGUUAUCGACCGUGGCCCGUCACCCUACGUCUCCCAGCUUGAGCUCUAUGGCGACAACAAUCUAUUGACUGUUGUGCAAGCCGACGGUUGCAUUUUCUCCACACCUACCGGUUCAACCGCAUACUCAUUAUCUGCCGGUGGAUCGCUGGUGCACCCAGACAUCCCAGCCAUCUUGCUCACGCCCAUCUGCCCUCACACCCUAAGCUUCCGACCUAUGCUUUUGAACGACAGCAUGCUCCUUCGUGUGGCUGUCCCCCGCAACUCCCGCGCCACUGCAUACUGCGCGUUCGACGGAAAGGGUCGAGUAGAGCUUCGCCAGGGCGACCACGUCACCAUUGCCGCGUCGCAGUACCCCUUCCCGACUGUGCUUUCUCAGCCAACGGAGUGGUUCGAUUCGCUCUCUCGUACUUUGCGAUGGAACAACCGAGGCGCUCAGCAGAAGGCAUGGGACGGCGACGAGAAGGAGGACGAGGACGGCACCACGAAAGAUACCGGUUUCGACAUCGACUUCGACAACGAUGAGGCCGAUCGCGAUUCCGGGUACUCUGCAGAGGGUUCAAUUACCGGAGACCGGGAAAGCCCUAUCAGGAAGGGCAUUGUCCUACCCUUCCCGUAA